AUGGAAUAUAAACGCCAACCCGAACGAAAUGCGACACAGGUCAAGCCACGUCUAAUUAUUCACGGCGGCGCAGGUAAUAUUACGCCUGAGACUUUAGGUCCGGAGAAAUAUAAACAAUAUAGACAUGCGCUUCUCACUAUCGUCUCCAAGGUGGAUGCUUAUAUACGCACUCCCGCGCCGCUGAGCAGAAAUGGCUCUUCUGAACUUGAGUUUCCUUCCGCUCUCGAUAUCGCCACAUACGCCGUGACGCUCCUCGAGAAUAACCCGUUAUUCAACUCGGGCCAUGGCGCCGUAUUCACGCGCGAUGGCAUCAACGAAUUGGAAGCCUCCGUCAUGGUAUCGCGGGGUUAUGCCAAACGUGGCGUCGGGGUGACCGGCCUGCGCAGGGUGAAGAACCCGAUCUUACUAGCGAAGGCAAUGCUGGAGCACGGAGACAAAGACCUAAGUAGAAAGAAUGAGUUGGGAUUGGCGCAACCGGACGUAUUAACAGAAUCUAAUGGUCUAGAGACGGUUGAUCUUGAUGUGCCGUCGGCGCAAGCCCACACGCUUAUCCACGGGGAAACAGCUGAGACACUGGCCAAGAUAUACGGUCUUGAACUAGUCGACCAAAAAUACUUCUUCACUCAGCACCGCUGGGAUGAGCAUAUACGGGCACUGGAAAAGGAGAAAGCGGGAAAGGGUCUGGCGACUUGGAGCGCCGAGGAAUAUCUACCCCAAGGCACAUGCGGCGCAGUCGCGUUAGAUGCGGACGGCGUCGUAUGCGUGGCUACUAGUACGGGAGGGUUAACGAAUAAACUUACCGGGCGCAUCGGUGAUACACCUGUCGUCGGCGCUGGCUUCUGGGCGGAAGAAUGGGUCGAGACGGGCGAACCAAGUGGGACGAACACUUCGAGAAGUAUAAAAAGAUAUUUACCUGGCUUGCCAGGUCCAGUUGUAGAUCUAUCGGUGAACCUACGAAACCUAGUCGCUGACUGUCUACCAACCCCCCUCGUAUACUCUCCCGUUGCCCAAACGACUUCCAGUGGCGGUUACGAUCACUUACAAACGACACGCUCCAUCGCUCUAUCGGGUACCGGGAAUGGCGACUCCUUUCUACGAGUAGCCGCUGCGAGAACGGUCGGCUCAAUCGCGCGAUGGGCGAAGGCACCAGCAGCCAAUGCCUUGUAUCGCGUUGCCGGAAGAGGCGGAGAGCUACAGAGGAGCGCUGGAGACCGUUGGGGCCAAACGGGGGAAGGGGAGGGCGGUAUGAUCGGUAUAGAGAGCAUAGUGUCGCGCGAUGCAUCGGGUCGUGUCGUUAGCACCUCUGCCAAUAUACUGCAGGAUCAUAAUUGCGGAGGGAUGUUUCGAGCGUGGAUUGACGAUGAUGGAAAAGCGGUAAUGAGGAUUUUUCACCCUGACAGAGCAGACGACUCUCUAAGCUCAACAACCAUAAUCGGAGAGGGAAAACCCGAGGACGUUUGGCGCUGGACUGCUGAUAAAGUAUAA